AUGGCGUUUGCUGGGCUGCACGGGCAGCAGCACUAUGGCCGCGAUCUCGCGGAUGGGCUGCGGUUCCGAAGUGCUCUCUUCAAUCGCAUCGCGGACUUUUUCAUAGGAGUAGACACUUACAGGCAGAGGAGAGCGCGGCAGAGGGCCAACGAAGCCGACAUGGUGAUGGACUUCGUCGUCCUACACCCGCUUAAGGCGCUCACCUUCAUCAAGGGUUCCAUCAUCUGCGGCGCCUUAAUGAACGUGCUGCUAUACGUCCCCAACGAGACGGUACUCGGGCUAGUCGAGCCCCAGAGCGACCUUGGCGACUCAAUCGUGUGGUGGUGGUUGGCGUUCAACAAGCUACUGCACGCGCUCCAGAUCCCGGGCAGGAUAAUGGCGCUGUACACUAUGAGCCGUUUGUGGGGGAGGAGCAACCAGGAGAUCAUGUACUGCAUGUCCGUCCUUACGACCUCGCGGCUCUGGAACUGGUGCAGGCGGCUUAGCGUUCUCACGUACGCCUCGUAUGCCGCCGGCUUUCUUGCGUCCAGGCACCCCCGCGUUCAAGACCACGUGUUGUUGAACGGCUUUAUCCUAUACGUCUUUUCCAUAGUCACCAUGCGCGUGGCCUUCACCUUCGCAAUCUUCUACCACUGCUUCCCACCGACCCCAGCCAGGAACACACACAAGCCGGCCAAUAGGGAGGAAAUCGAUAGGUUGCCCGUGGUCCUCUACCGCGACAUGAAGGAGGACAACGCCACAAUGUGCAGGAUUUGUUUGGAGGAAUUCCAGCCGGAGCACCGCUUGCGUAUGCUGCGCUGUAAGCACGGUUACCACGUCGCGUGCAUAGAUGCGUGGCUGGCGCGCAGCAACAAAUGCCCGUGGUGCAUGUCUACCGUCAACUGA